AUGGCCGAAACUUGGAAUACGUCGAACUACGAGGAGGCAACAAAGUGUCUGAGGACUUGUACGACUGACCUUGGAGAGAUGCGGGACAUGAUGGCCAGGCUUGAAAGAGAGGGGAGACUAGAUAUGUUGUUUGUUAUGAUGAACUCAUUUCUUAGGCGUGGUGGCAUUCAGGAGCAUGAGCUGGAGAAGGUUUCAGUCAUCCACAUCGCAGGAACAAAAGGAAAAGGCUCCACCAGCGCAUUCACUGAAAGCAUUUUACGCCACCACGGAUACCGCACUGGUUUGUUCACCUCCCCACACAUGCACCAGAUCAGGGAGAGGAUCUGCAUCAACGGCAGACCCAUUAGUGAGGAGAAGUUCUGUCGUUACUUCUGGGAGGUCUUCAGGAAUUUCAAGGACUCUGUGUUUGAGAGCUCAAUCGAGGAAGGAGGUACCAUGCCAGGUUUCUUUGAUCUGCUCACAGUAAUGGCCAUGAGGGUCUUUAUCUCAGAGGGGGUCGAUGUCGUUGUCUUGGAGGUUGGCAAGGGAGGCUACACAGACAGAACUAACUUUGUCAGCAGGCCAGUUGUUUGUGGGAUUACGCCCCUUGCUCUGGAGCACACAGAAUCUUUGGGCAGCACGAUAGAAAAGAUUGCUUGGCAUAAGGCUGGCAUAAUCAAGAAAGGACGCCCUGUUGUUACUUUACAGCAAGACCCUAAGGGGUUGCAAGUUAUUUUGGACAUUGCUAAACAGAAGGAGGCUCCUUUGUACAUAGCGUUGCCUCUUCCCCAAAGUGCAUUUGAGGAAUACGGCUUUACUCUGGGUAUUAAAGGACCGGUACAAGUGCAGAACGCUGGUCUUGCUGUUCAACUAUUUCGGGCUUGGGAAACAUGGAAAGGGGUUAAUAAACCUGAGCUGGUCACUGGAGUAACUAAAAUCACCUGUAUCGAAGACAUCCCUAGGCUGCGCAGUGGACCCCUUGAGAUGAAUGUCAUCAAAGGGCUCUCGAGGUGCCUGCUGCACGGACGCACGGAAAUCAUUCGCAGGGACCACGUCACCUAUUAUCUGGAUUUUGCCCACACUCAAGAGAGCAUGGAGCACUGCACAGCAUGGUUCCAGAAAGCUUCAGCUGAGGAGGCUGUCACUUUAAAUGCAAAGGUUGCACGUGUGUUGCAGUUCUACUGCUUAAGUGUCAAGGAUCCUCAGAAGUUACUGCCCAUUCUAAAGAACGUCCACUUUGAUGGUGCCACAUUUUGCUGGAGCAAAGCCUCUGACUUUGAACCUCUGGGACAACACUCAGAUCAGAGAUAUGCCAAGAUUGAUGCAGAAGUUGAGAAUGCUCUUGUGGAGCAGAUGAAAUCAGUUUGGGAUUCCCUCCCCUGCACCGCCCACAAUGGUGGUGACAAGGAUGGGCUGAGAAGUGAGCCAGCAUUUUACAAAAAAUACUACUCUACAACAAACGGCUUUGUUUCUCACACAAAACAAGACCGUUUAGAAGACACAGAUACUGCCAAUGUGAAUGACUCAGCACACAUUUCAAAUGGAUAUAGUUCAAUUCAGAUUGACGCAAAUAUUUUAGAUAGUGCUGAUGGAGUUCUUAGUAACGGAACAGACUUUGAUAACCUGCCGGCAAAUGUGUGGGGUCCCCCUAACUUUGACAUUAUCUCUCUUGCUAAUGACUGUGGGCUUCAUUUGCAAAAUGGUGAAAAUGUGUUAAAUCCUACAGAAGCUCAAGAGAAGAAUGCACAUAAAGUGAAAUCAAGAGAAGAAUCUCCCAUUUUUGACUGCGCACUUCAGGCAUUGGUGUGGGCGACACAAGGCAAAGACCCUGCUGUAGCAUCCUGUUUGACAUCCCAGAAAGACCUGCUCCCUGCAGCGCCAUCAUCGAUGAAGGAAGCCGACCAUAUCCAAGUGCUGGUUACAGGCAGCUCAAGGCUUGUAGGUGUUGUUCUGUCUGUCCUCCUUCCUAAUUUGAAUGAUUAA